GUAACACAUCACCAGAAACUUAGGAGACUUCAGUAGUAGUUGUUACUUUGAUGUAACUGAGCACAGAGAAGGAUCUACAUCAGUAUUAUGGCAGAUAAAGGACCUAUUCUGACCUCAAUCAUCAUUUUCUACUUGUCCAUCGGAGCCGCGAUAUUUCAGUUCCUCGAGGAGCCGCAUUUAAAUGCAGCUUUGGAGGAAUAUAACAACCACACUGACUAUUUAUUACAGAAAUAUCCCUGCUUAACAAAGGAGGAUUUGAACCAAAUUAUUAAGGUUGUAGCCACAGCAGCUGGAAGAGGUGUGACUGUAACAGGAGAAAAACAAUUCAAGAACUGGAGUUGGGAGAACGCUGUUGUUUUUGCUGCCACAGUCAUCACUACCAUAGGUUAUGGCAAUGUUGCACCAAAGACAACCUAUGGCCGUUUAUUCUAUAUCCUGUAUGGGCUCUGUGGGAUUCCUCUUUGCCUCACCUGGAUAAGUGAGCUAGGUACUUUCUUUGGCAGCAGGGCAAAGAGUCUGAGUCAGGUGCUCCUCCAUAAACACCUCUCCGUGAAAAAAGUACAGUUCAUCUGCACAAUUGUGUUCCUCUUAUGGGGUUUCCUGGUUCACUUGAUCUUCCCAGCCUUCGUAUUCAUGAGAUUUGAGAACUGGACUUACUUAGAAGGCCUGUACUUCUCUUUCACCACCUUGACCACUGUUGGUUUUGGUGACUAUGUAGCAGGAGUGAACCCAGAUAUGGACUACCCAAAUCUCUACAGAUUCUUUGUGCAGUUAUGGAUCUGCCUGGGUCUUGCCUGGUUGUCGCUCUUCUUCAGCUGGAAUGUCCAUAUGGUGGUCGAAGCUCAUAAAGUCCUGAAGAAAAGAAGGCUCAGACGCCACAGGCUGCCCAUCGAUGACGUACCGGAAGAAAAAGAAAUCAAAAAAGCUCCGAAGCCGCCACCUCUCUCUGGCGUCAUCGACAUCUUUGAGUUCAUGUCCGAGAAGGUCGAGGACUACAGCGACAUCAUCCAAGCCAUCGGAGCAGAUGAGAGAAGGAAGAAAAAGAAGCAAGAGGAGGAACUGGCACGGUCCAAGAGCUGUAGUGACUUAUUGCGUGCCCUGGUCAUCCCACUCGAUCACUCUCCUCGUCUGAAACGCCGUUUCAGUGUCAGCGCAAACAUGUGCAUGGUCACGUCUGGAGAGUCAACGGAUGGUCUCAACGACAACAACAACAACAACCAAGAGGAACAGACACUGCUGAAAGAGCAUCACAAAGACUCCAACGAUCGUAAAAAUGUUAAAAAAGGAACUGAGAAAGAAGAGAAGCCUGGAUGUCACGCAUGGGAAUCCAGAAAAUCAGACCCGUCUAUCUAUCAGAGCUCUGUUCAAAGCCCUACUGUUACCACCAGUAACAGAGGAUCAAGAUUCUCAGUGUCCAAAGUAUCAGAAGACCAUUUAUUAGAGAAGAGAAAAAGCAUUGGUUGACAAAGAGUCUGAUCUAAAGGUCAAAAACCCCAAAAUGUCCUAAAAUAAUCCAGCUUUGGUUUAAAUCAUGAAUUUUCAGAUGUGAAGGUCACUAUGGCCGAGCUGAUACUAUGAGGAGCAUGUGAGGAACAAAGAAGACUCUAGCUUCAAGGCCAAAGAAUGUUGCUCUGAUAUGCAGACAGGUGCUUCCUCUACCUAAAUCAAGCUGCAAAAGUGUUCAUUGGCUUUCUCAGUAUUGAAAAACAGUCAGGUAACACACAGGGUUUCGUGCAUCCAGUCUGUCAUCAAGAUAAGGAUGUGAGGGUUGGCAGAGGAAAUGAAACCGAUUUCCUUCAGACGCUGAAAAGUUUGGGUGUGGUACUGUGGUUUUAACCAUGUUUUUUCAUUCUCUAUUUGGAUUUAUGUUACCAAAAUGACUGCUGGGAGAAUUCUCUGAAAUGGAAUACUAGCAUGUUGCAAACUGUACAGUAUGAACUGAAAAAGCACUAUUUUAAAAGUAGACUUCCUGGUUAAAUACAUCUUAAAGGGAACUUCUUCUCCAAAGUGAAUCACAUUUUUGAGGACCUAAACAUGCUAUAAAACUCAAGAAACUUUGCAUGCCAAAAGUGGUGAAAAUUUACAUCUGAUAUGGGUUUCAGAAGUGGGUCUGGCAAAAUGGCUCGAUAGCACCACCUAUAAAAAUUUUGCCCCUCGAGCUGUUUCACAUACAUGUAUAAAAUUUGGUAGACACAUGUAACACACCAGUACUUACAAAAAAGUCUCCCAGUGCAAAGUACGAAGCCCAACAGGAAGUCUGUUAUUUAGAAUUUUCAUCCAUACAAUGUCCGAUCUGCCCCAAACCUCACACAUUUGUGACCCUGGACCACAAAACCAGUCUUAAGUUGCUGGGGUAUAUUUGUAGCAAUAGCCAAAAAUACAUUGUAUGGGUCAAAAUUAUUGAUUUUUCUUUUAUGCCAAAAAUCAUUAGGAAAUUAAGUAAAGAUCAUGUUUCAUGAAGAUUUUUUUGUAAAAUUCCUACUGUAGAUGUAUAAAAACUUAAUUUUUGAUUAGUGAUAUGCUUUGGUAAGAGCUUAAUUUGGACAACUUUAAAGGUGAUUUUCUUAAUAUUUUGAUUUUCUUGCACCCUCAGAUUCCAUAUAUUCAAAUAGUUGUAUCUCGGC